GUGCGGGGGGCCAGGACUUUGAGCGGCUCCAUCCCCAGGACAAGGUGUCGGUGACAGUGGGGGAGACGCUCACCCUGACCUGCACCGCGCCCAGAGGCAGUCUCGCUGGUGCUGUGGAGUGGCUGAAGGGCUGGGGCGGUGGGAACGAGACCGUUUACGACCAGAAGGGCUCCUUCCCCCGCGUGACGAGGGUAGCGAAUGGGUCCAACAUGGACUUCAGCAUCCGCAUCAGCGAUGUUCGCCCCGAGGAUGCUGGCACCUAUUACUGCGUGAAGUUCAAGAAAUCGCUGGGCGGUGAUGAGGUGUUUCAGCGAGGAAAGGGCACGGUGGUGUCCGUGCACGAGACAGCCCUGGUUCCCAGCAUAGUGGCUGCAGCUGUAGUGCUCUGCUUCCUCCUCGGCCUCUUCUUCGCCGUCUGCAUGUACAGGAGGAGGCGCAGAGGCGAGGUGGAGAGCCAGCGCCUGGCCAGGCGAGCAGCCGUGGGCAGCUUCUCACCCGUCCCUCUGCGGUGCUGUGCAGGGACCCCCGGCACCCCGAGCAGCGAAGUCCUGGACUCAGAGAGCUCACAUCUGCCCAGCCAGCAAAGCAGCAAGGAGGACAACAUCCACUACGCUGAUCUCCAGCCCCUGCCCGCGUCCCCGGGGCACAGCAGGAGCCCCAGCGCAGCCUGCUCGGAGUACGCCAGCAUCAGGGUAGCUGCCAAGUGA